GCGAUGAAGUUACUUCCGCUGACGUCACAGUCAAGCCAGUAGGAGUCACAAGGAAAACAAUAACGAAGAUAAAACAGGAAAAUAGGCUAUCGAUUGUUUAGGUUUUUUGCGUGUUUUUAAUUCACUGAAUAUUUGCCAUCAUCUGAGUUAGAUAUGAAAUUUAAGUUUAAGGAAGAGCACACGUUUGAACAGCGCAAGGCUGAGUCAAACAAAAUACGCUCUAAGUAUCCAGACAGAAUACCUGUGAUUGUUGAGAAGGAUGCCAAGAGUCAGAUUCAGAACAUCGACAAGAGGAAGUUCUUAGUGCCCAAUGACAUUUCUGUUGCUCAGUUCAUGUGGAUAAUCCGCAAGCGGAUACAGCUCGCCUCAGAGAAAGCCAUCUUCCUCUUUGUGGGAAAAGUUUUGCCACAGUCCAGUGCAAGCAUGGGUCAAGUGUAUGAAGACCACAAAGAUGACGAUGGUUUUCUCUAUAUCGCCUACAGUGGAGAAAACACGUUUGGGGAGUUACAGUUACAGAUCUAUAUUUAAUACACAUCACAGUUUUAUCCACUCUGACUACAAGUACUUGCCAUGACUGCAGUAGCAGUGUGUAAUGGCAGUUAACUUGUACAGGGCUUGAACUUAACAGCGGCACCGAUGGCAAUUGCUAUCAUUGAGAUAUAAAUUGCCAUGUGUUGGGACCAUCACCAUUGAUACUUUGUGCUGCUGGAUAUAAAUUACUGCUUUCGGUUAAACUCCUUAACAACAGCAAAAUUAAUAUAUCUGGUGUGCAUUGUCUGCCAGUAUUUAACAUUUGUACGUUUGAAAUGUGUCUACAUGCAACAAAAUAACCUUUUAGUCAUAUUUAUUUGAUGUGAAAGUCACCUUUGAAAAAAUUGCCGUUGGCAGGCUCUAAAUUGUCAUCGGUAAUCCAUUUCACCAACAGCAAAUAUUUUUUUUAAAUGCUGGGAGUGACAAUUCCUUAAGUUCGAGCCCUGUUGUAUGUAUGUAACCUCUUAUUUGACAGUGAUAUUGUACUGGUGGUUUCCUAGCUGAUCAUCAUAUCAUUGUUCUGCAGUACUAAAUUAACUUUUUGUUACAGUAUUAGUUUCCCAGUGGAACUGAAAACGAGGCUUUGUUACACCAAAAAUCUGUCAAUGUCGUAAUGCAGAUCAUAAUAGACUGGUGUUUAGAAAAGAAAAACACAUUUUGUAAAAAUUUUAAAGCUAAAAGCACAUUCCAUGCAUAAUUUGAAUAGUUUUGGUGCUUCAAUACUUCAUUGAGGUUAAAGUUAAAUGUUGGUUAUAUUUUCCUAUGUUAUUAUUAAUGUUAAAUGUUCACUAGUUUUCCUGUGUUCACAGUGUUUCCAUUUGUUACGGCAGGACUCUGAAAAUUGAAAAUCUGUGUAAACCAUUUAUGGGUUACGCAAAAACUAAUUCAGGUAACCUAUUUCGAUUUUUUCGUAACCCGUGAUGACCAUGUAAAUGAUGUCAUAAAUUCAAUGUGCAAAAAAACAACAAAUGGGUUACACAAAACUGUAUUUACGCGAGCGAUGCACGAACAAAUCUAUUGCUCUCUCGCAAUUUUCAGAGACCUGUUGCCAUUAAAAUUAACGUUAAAACUUUUAAAUUCUCAUUACUGUGUUUAAUGUUAAAUAUUGCCCUGUGUUACAGUUAUGGAUGACACAUAUUUUUGUAUUUAAAUAUUUCUUAAUUUUUACCGUUACUGUUAAGUUUAAAGUUGGUAAAAUUUUCCAUGAAUGUGUUUAAGGUUAAAUAUUGAUUACUUUGUUCCAUGUUAUAACUAGGUUAUUGGUUGUUUUAUUUGUGUUGUGGUUUAUGACAACUAUGGCAAGUAUUACAGUGAAGUUUGAGAUAGGUAUAUCUUUUCCUAGAUCAUAGUUAAGGUUAAUAUUAUUUUUAGGAUGUCAGUGGCAAAUGAAUGGAAAUAUUUUCAAGUUAACUCUGACAAAAAUUAUUAUUUGGCUCUAAUUUUAUUGCAUCACUUUGCCACUUUAAUAAUAGGUACAUGUAUUUUAGAAAAAAAUUGGCUCUUCUUGUUUUUUUCCAUUGCAGAAUGUGCUAUCUUUUCUGUGUUAAGAGUGUAUAAAGGAUUUUUUAAAUUUCUAAUUGACAAGUAAUCUAAUGUACAGCACCAAGCAUCUCUCUUCCCCCCCCCCCCCCCCCCCCCCCCCGCCAUCACAAGAAUCACAAACAUAAUUAUUAUGAUAGACAUAGAUUGAAAUAUCCAGGGUUGUCCGUAAAAAUUUCUUUCUUUCUACAAAAUCAUAUAUUAACAAAUUUCAUUAAUUAUUGACCACAUUGAUAUUACUAAAUCAGUUUGUAAGGACCUAAAUAUGUUCAGUGUAUUAAAUAUGCCAGGUAUGCAACAUAUUUUUCAUUAUAAUUAUUUAUGACAUGUUAAUUAAUUUGGUCAUAUACUGAUUUACUAAUUUUUUUGUCUUAAUGGCAUUAUUUUUAAAUACUUGACGAAUGUUUUACUUUACAAAACCAUUUUAGAAAGACUUACUAACAGCUAAUAUAAUUUUUGUCUUGCCUUUGUCAAGUAAAAUGGCAAAUGGCAAGAUAUGAGGAUUACUUUUCCAGUGGCGCUGUCUGCAAUGGUGAUGGCAUCAACUUUAGUAUUAAAGUGUCACAUCUGCAUCAGAUUCAUAAAAAUAUAAGUCCUAGGUCAAUGAAACUUGGUUUGUAGUUGCACGUUUGGGUGUUCAUCACAGUGCAUGUGAAAAGAAUAAAAACAUUAAUUAAUUAAGCAUUUUUAAUUAAAAUACUUUUGCAUUUUGCUUAAAGUUAAAGUUUUCCCUUUAACUCCAUUACUAACAAACUAUGUUAGUCACAGAUCGAUGAAACCUGUUGUAUAGUUGGUCCCAUGGAUGUUCAUCACAAUGCAUGUGAAAAGAAUUUAAAAUUAAAUAAUUUAAAUGUUUUAAUUAAAAUACAUUUUCAUUUGGCUUAACAUUAAAGUUUUGCAUUUGGUUCCAUUUCUCUCAAACUUUAAGUCCUAAAUAACCUUGUUGAUGAUCUUUGGUAUAGUUUAUGAACAUUUAAAGCUGUUUUCAGCCUAAAGUUCUGCCAGCAAAUGUUUCGUGAACUAUUUGAUUGCUUUCCAACGUGGCCAUUUGAUUUACUGUGAAUCAUAUAAACCAGUCUAGCGGAAGUUUUCCCACUCGGUUCAGCAACGCAGCCUUGAAGUAUAUUAAUAAUAUUUAAACAUUUGCAAUAGUUCAUCAUUUGUUUGGUUCUUUCUAUGAUGUGUUUCUUCAAUUUCACUUAGAUGUCAUUUAUAAUCUAGAUCUCAUUAAAAUAUAGAUCUACGUGUAGUUUAAUAUAAUUACUGUAUAAUCCCAUUGGCUCGAACCCCGUUGGUGCUCGAAAAAGUGUUUAACCCAUUGGGUAGUUCGACCUAACCAUUCGGUCAACAAUGUGUAAGUGUAACUCGGGUCUUUGUUUUUGGUUCGAGUGUUGCGGUAUAUUCGACCCUUCAGAGUUCCACACUUCCGAGUUCCACCCAUCGAGAUUCUACUGUAGUUUUUGUGAUGAACAUCCAGCAGUGAUACUGAAUAAGUUUAUGGUAGGCAAGACUAUUUCAUUCUGUGAAAUUCUUGUUUUUGUUUAUGGUUUACCCACAUGUAUACCAAUAACUUGUUCAAACUUUUAAAUUUUUAAUUUUAUGUCAUGGAGUCCAUGUAUACUAGUAUUAGGUUUAAAGUUAUUGGUGCAGUGUUGUUUGGAUUUUUUUGGAGGGGGUUUUAAUUGUGAAUUUCCAAAUUGUGUCACAUUAUCUUCAUAUUAUGAAGAUGUAAUCAUCAUGUGAAAUAAAUAAGUUGUGUUAA